AGCGCAGCAAUAACAGGGGCAAUUAGAGCCCCCACCUUAGCUCCUGCCAGCUGUGACUGACUGACUGACACGCUAAAAGCUCUGCAUAUGCUAACGCGUCAACGUUUUCGUUACCUACUUACCAAGCUUCCGUGAUUGUAUGGCGUCAGCCUAGCUUGCGCUCUUCCGCUCGGAGGGCCUCAGAACGUCUCGCGUCUCACAUUCGCGCCGCCCCAGCGUUGUGGUUCAUCUCUCCCCUCCAGUAAUCACUAAACAGCUAGCAGCUAGUUACCUGUCGUGUCAACUCGUAAGUCCACGCCACUCCGGCGUUGCGUCGUUUUAAGCGAAGCUUGUCUUAGCGAAACGAUAGCCCCGCCGGUGCGACCGGGUUACUCAGUGACCCUCUCAAUCGAUACCGCCUCAGUGACCCAGAUAUUGCCGCUGAGUCGGUCCAGUUCGGGCAUGCACCAGUGGAGCUCUUACGACCUCCCAGGGGUAUCGACUACAGCAGCAGCGCCAGUCAUGGCGGGUUCGGCGCGGCGCGUUCUGGAUUCCCCCGACUGCGACUUCGAGAAACAAACCUCCGCCCCCGCCGCCGCGGCAUCCGCAGCCGCAGCGGCUUCGUGCUUCGGUAUCGCCGCCCCGCUGCACGCGUUCCGCACGCGACCGGGACGGUUCGCGGGGGGGACGCUGGCGGAUGAAGCGGCGGACGAAGCGGCAGAUGAAGUGGCGGAAGCAGUGGCGCCGGUUGUGGCCGAUAUAGCGGACUCUAGCGCAAUAGUAGGCGGCGAACCGGUAAUUCCUGGAGCAACCGAUGCCGGGGCGGAACUACUAGUAGUAGCAGCGGCGCAGGACGUACAACCGCGAGAGCCUUUGCCGCGAGAGGCGGAAUUAGUGACAUCUCCGCUCCCCGCCACAGCUCCCCCUUCCGCCGCAUCCCUCCCCGCAUGCCAGCCAGAGGGACACGAUGUGAUGCCUUUUACCUUACCCGCGCCUUCCGCGCCUUCCGCGUUUUCCGCGCCUCCCGCCGCGCUCCCCUCCCCGCCGUCGGUUGCGCCAUUCAUGCCGUGGCUGCUGCGCGUGGACUCCGCGUCGCUCGAGACCUAUCACAUGCUGACACGUCAGCCGUCGCUGUACUCGUUCUCCCUCGCGGACAUGCCGGCGCAUCAUACGUCUUUAAUCUCCCCUUCAGGCGCGGUGCUGCCUUCUCCUGGCACCUCCUUCGGACCCGAGGGUGCGCUCUCUAGGCUCAACAGUUUCAGCAACGGCAAUGGUAAUGGCAAUGCUGCUGCAGCUGCAGCUGCUGUGAACCCUGCCGCUGCUGAUGCCCCUGCUGCCGCCGCUUCUCCUGCUGUCGCCUCGCCUACCGCUUCUGCUGGUGACGCUGCUGCUCCUGGCACGUCUCCUGGCGCUGCUGCUGGCGCUGCUGCUGCUGCUGCCCCUGCUGCUGCUGCUGCUGCCUCGCCUCCUGCGGCUAUAGCACACGGCGCUGGGCCGAUGAUGGUGCAUGGAGACAUAGACAGAAUGGUACUACUAGUAGACAGUACAGCAGGUGGCGCAAUGGGCAGUCCGGCAAUUCCUGCACUGAUGGCCGCGGUUAAAGGGGAUCCAGGUCAAUUAGAAAGCAGGAGGGAGGAGGCGGUAGGAGGUAGGGAGGAGGGAGGAAGGAGGGAGGGGGAAUUGGACUUGGAUGCUAUCACCGCUGGAUCUGCUGCUGGCAACGAUGCGGAGGGUGCUGAUGCUGCUGCUGCUGCUGCUGCUGCCGGCGCUGACUGUGCUGCGAGUGGCACACCACCGUCCACCAUCGGUCUCAGGGGGGUGUCGCUCGUCCGCCCUUGCUGUGCCCCUGCAAGCGCAGGUGCGGCGAGAGACGGCGCAACGCCUGCCCUGACCACUGAUCUUUUGCUGCUUGCGCCUCUGGGAUUGCCUCCGGUGCAGGCUGCUCACGGGCAUUCUGGUGCUGGUGCUCCUGCUGCUGCUGUCGAUGGUGCUGCUGCUGCUGCUGCUGCUGCUGCUGCUGCUGCUGUGAGCACCAGGGAGCCACCUGCGCCAGGGACACUGAAGCGCGCAGUUGAUGGUGAGAGGCUUCGUGAGGCGCCUCAGAGCAAAAGCCUGGCAGGUGCUUGCGGUGGGGGCGGUGGGGGCAGCGGGGGUAGCGGGGGCAGCGGGGGGAGCCAGGGAAGUGGCGGGGGCGGCGGGGGCAGGGGAGGGAUCUGGGGAAGCGGCGGGGGCAGCGGGGGCAGCGGGGGAGGUGAGGGCGUUGAUUUAGAGCAAGUGCUUCAGCAGCUCACUGCUGGUGACGGCAGUGGGGGUGGGGGUGGGGGUGGGGGUGGGGACGGACUCCAUGCAGGGGAGGAUAGAGAGGAGGACGGAGGUGCGGUAAAGAGAGCGAGGAAGGAGCUUGAUCCCUUUCCUGCUCCUCCUGCUGCUGCUGCAGCGGCUGCUGCUGACGUCGCUACUGAGGUGUCCCUGGACUUGUCUCUCUUCCCGGUUCUGCCUCCUCUUCUUGUCCCCGCCCCUGCCGCCAUCCCUGGUGCAAGUUCUGACUCGACUCAAAAGCCUCCUCUUCCUGUCCCUACUCUGGCGGCCCUCCCCGGUGUGAGUCUAGGCGGAGACUGCUGCGGAGGAGAGGGCGGACAUGGCAUGAGCUUCUCAGCCUCACCUGAUAGUGCUGGUGCUGCGGCCAGUGUUGCUGGUGCUGCGGCUGGUGUUGCUGGUGCUGCGGCUGGCGCUGCUGGUGCUGCGGCUGGUGCUGCUGGUGGUCCUGCUUGUGGUGCUGCUCCUGCCACCGGCUAUGACCCUUUUGCAGCGGCUGCUUCUGCUGCUGCUGGUGCUGGCGGUGGCUGUGCUGCUGCUGCUACAACAGCAGAACCAGCAGCAGCAGCAGCAGCAGCAGCAGCAGCAGUAGCAGCAGCAGCAGCGCAAGCGCUUUCACCAGCUGUGCAUGUAUCUGAAUUUCCAGUGCGAGCAGCUGACGGGGCUGGAGGAGAGGCACCAGCGGCACCAGCAGCAACACCAGUGGCAGCAGGUGCAGCAACAGCGGGAGCUGUAGCUGCUACUGCUCCACGCGGUACCGAGUCCAAGACACUGGCAGCAGCAGCAGCAGCACCGAUGGCAGUGGCGACAGACGCAGAGGCGGCAGCGGUAGCAGAAGCAGCAGCAGCAAUAGCAGCAGCAACAGCAACAGCGACGACAACCCUUGUAAGAGCACCUGACGCAGAGGCAGCAGCAGAAGCAGCCGCGGCAGCGACAGCAGCCCUGGUGAACGAGUUAGCAGCAUCCGUACCAGCAGCGUCACUGCAGGCUGCUAUUGAUGUGCUCAUACAACAGCAACCGCAAGCGCAGCAGCAGCAAUAUCAGCAGCAGCAGCAGCAGCAGCAGCAGCAGCAAGGGUUACAACUCGGCCUCCAUUUCCAAGAUUCCCACCACUCCAUGCCGUCUCAUCCUGCUUCCCUCCAAUCUCUCUUCCCACCCGCCUCCCCAUCCUCCUCCUCCCCACCCUCCUACCUCCCCUCUCACACCCGCCAGCUGAUCAUGUCUGCUCUUCUUGGUCCAUCACCUUUCUCUCACACAUACCCGAACCCAAACCAAGACCCAAGCUCAAGCCCAAUCAAUGCGGCUCUGCAGUACGUUCAGAACCACGUGCAAACCACCGCUCAGCACCGCAUGCAGCCGUCCCCAACCGCUCCCCACCCUGGAAGCGCCGCAGAAGUGCCAUUCUUCCCCCUGUCUUCCCCCCAGGCCCCUAUUACUGCUACCAACGCCAGCAAAUUGUCGCGCUACCAGCCCCCUCCCUCCUUGCCUCUCUCGGAUUAUCUUCCAAAUUUUCCGUCUCUGGGGCCCGAGUCUCAGCCCUCCAGCAGCAGGAUCUUAAAGUACUACUACUUGCACCAGCAGCAACAGUUGGGGCAGAAGAGAGCGCCGCAUGUGUUGAAACGAGUGGUGAGGGCAUGUGGCAUGCCUCCUCUGCUGGAUUCAGCACCUACAAUCGCCACCACCAGCACCACUGGUGGCGUAGUUACCAUCAGUGUUCCAACCACGGUUGCCACCAAUCCCAUCACUACCACCAUUUCACCUCUCUCUCCCGCCCCUCCUGUCCCUCCUGUCCCUCCCGCCCCUCCCACCCCUCCCGCUGCUCCUCCUGCUCCUCCUAUUCUACAGGCGCCGCUACACUCCCACCUACCACCUUUGAAUCACCUCGACGCCGCUCUUCCGACCGUAAGACCCCCCUCCUCACCAACCGUCCCUCCAUCAACCCUCGCAGCAUUAAUCCCAGCAGCGCUAAACCCAGCAUUGAACCCACCUGCGAAGCCAGAGGCAGUGAGCCCAGAAUUGUUGGCAGCAGCAGCAGCAGAGCCGCGCUGGUUGGCAGGCGUGGAGCCACGGCAACAGCCCACAGCCACCCAUACUCCGAGCCAUACAACACCAGCAGGUUCGGCCGGACUGGCAAGUUCGGCAGGUCUGACAGGCCCGGCAGGGACUGACUCCCUCUUGCCUGAUUUCCUUACGGGUGUGCUACCUCUACCCCACCACCAUCAGCACUCCUACCAGCAGCAGCAGCAGCAGCAGCAGCAGCAGCAGCAGCAGCAGCAGCAGCAGCAGCAGCAGCAGCAGCCGCAUGCACAUCAGCACUUGGAGUAUCCUGUGUCCCCGCUCUCGCCUUCCGAGCCAGGACACAUGGGGCUCUUCUCACCUUCUGCUGCUGCCGCUGCUGCUGCUGCUGCUGCUGGUGCGGGUGCUGGUGCAGGGAACGAGGUGGAGGGGUGGGAGGUGGUGGAGAGGCGGCAGCAGAGGAUGAUCAAGAACCGGGAGUCAGCUGCGAGGUCACGGGCAAGGAAGCAGGCGUACACAGUGGAGUUGGAAGCCGAGAUCUCGAGGCUCAAAAAGGACAACAGCCGCCUCAAGGAGGCCAUAAAGGGCGAGAAUCUAAGACUAGAGGCCAUCUGCAACUUGAACAGUUCCGCAUCCAAGACUUCCUCAACAGUUCAUUACGAUACCUUAGGUGACAAUAGAGGGGCACACACUCAACCAAAGGAGGAGGUUGUUGGAUUCAAGGAGGUUUGCCACGGAUCAACGAAACUUUUCCAAAACUUGACUCGUGGAGCAAAGCUUCCUCGCGCAGUUUCAUGGUCCUAGAAAUUCACUAUCAAAUAGAGGCAGGCGCCAUUCUGUACAUGCCAAUGCUGACCUGUACAUACGUACAUACCCUUAUCUGUUACCCGAAUUGUGUAAUUAUUU